GCGCCCACCGUGCCCGUGAUUGGCUGCGCCUCCCCCACGUGACGCGGAGCAGGCGGUGGCGGUUGCCGGGGCGACGGCUGGAGAGUCGGCGGCCCGGCGGGGAGGGCGCGGUUCCCCGCGGCAGAGCCCCAGAGAUUUUUGCUGAGAAUUAACAGUAACCUUUCAAUAUGGGGGAUAUCCUGGCUCAUGAAUCCGAAUUGCUUGGACUAGUGAAAGAGUAUUUAGAUUUUGCUGAAUUUGAAGACACCUUGAAAACAUUUUCAAAAGAAUGCAAAAUGAAGGGAAAAGCAUUACCUAAAACAGCCCGUCGCUCUUUAAGGGACUCCAAAUCAUCGAUAAUCCAGAAGGACCUCAUUGCUGCGUUUGACGACGGAGCCCAGAAAGUGUUCUUCGAUUUGUGGGAAGAGCACAUUCCCAGCUCCAUCCGGGAUGGUGACUCCUUUGCCCAGAAGUUGGAGUUCUACCUUCACAUCCAUUUUGCCAUCUAUCUUCUGAAGCGCUCCGUGCGGAGACCUGACAAAGAGGAAUUGGAUGAAAGGAUUUCUUAUUUCAAAACCUACCUGGAGAGCAAAGGGGCAGCACUGAGCCAGACCACUGAGUUCCUCCCUUUCUAUGCGCUGCCGUUUGUGCCAAACCCGAUGGUGCACCCGUCCUUUAAAGAGCUCUUCCAGGAUUCUUGGAGUCCAGAAUUGAAGUUGAAGUUGGAAAAGUUUCUAGCUUUAAUUUUUAAAGCCAGUAACACGCCAAAGCUUUUAACAUUAUAUAAGGAGAAUGGACAAAGUCACAAAGAAAUGUUGCAGCAGCUCCACCAGCAGCUGCUAGAAGCUGAGCGAAGGUCAAUGACAUACCUGAAACGAUACAAUAAGAUCCAGGCAGACUACCACAACCUCAUCGGAGUCACGGCAGAGCUGGUGGAUUCUCUGGAGGCCACGGUCAGUGGCAAGAUGAUCACUCCUGAGUACCUGCAGAGCGUCUGCAUUCGCCUCUUCAGUAACCAGAUGCGGCAGAGCCUGGCGCACAGCGUGGACUUCACGAGGCCUGGGACGCAAUGGAAAAAAUAUCCCCAGGCUUCAACCAUGUUAAGAGCCUCCUUGGCACCCAUGAAACUGAAGGAUGUCCCACUGCUGCCCUCCUUGGAUUAUGAGAAACUGAAGAGGGAUUUGAUUUUGGGGAGCGACCGCUUGAAAGCUUUCUUGCUGCAGGCUCUGCGCUGGCGCUUGACCACAUCCCUUCCAGGAGAGCAGAGGGAGACCGUGCUGCAAGCCUACAUCAGCAAUGACCUCUUGGACUGCCAUGGCCACAGCCAGAGGAGCGUGCUGCAGCUGCUGCACGGGAGGAGCGACGUGGUGCGCCAGUACAUGGCCAGGCUCAUCAACGCCAUCGCGUCCCUGGCAGAAGGUCGUCUCUACCUUGCCCAGAGCACAAAGGUGCUGCGGAUGCUGGAGGAGAGGCUGAAGGAGGAAGACAAGGACGUCAUCACCAGGGAAAAUGUGCUCGGGGCCUUGCAGAAGUUCAGUCUCAGGCGCCCGCUGCAGACAGCCAUGAUUCAGGAUGGCCUCAUCUUCUGGCUGAUCGACAUUCUGAAGGAGCCCGAUUGCCUGUCCGACUACACGCUGGAGUACUCGGUGGCCCUGCUCAUGAACCUCUGCCUCCGGAGUGCAGGGAAGAACAUGUGUGCCUCGGUGGCAGGCCUCGUGCUGAAAGUCCUUUCGGAUCUGCUGGGCCAUGAAAACCACGAGAUACAGCCGUAUGUGAAUGGAGCGCUGUACAGCAUCCUCUCUAUCCCGUCCGUUCGUGAGGAAGCGAGAGCGAUGGGAAUGGAGGACAUCCUUCGCUGCUUCAUGAAAGAAGGCAACGCUGAAAUGGUCCGCCAGAUCGAAUUCAUCAUCAAACAGCUUAAUUCAGAAGAGUUCCCGGAUGGUGGUGUUGAAUCUGAUGAUGAUGAAGAUGAAGAUGAUGAAGAGGACCAUGACACCAUGGAAGCCGAUCUGGACAAAGACGAACUGAUCCAGCCCCAGCUCGGCGAACUCUCAGGCGAGAAGCUUCUGACCACGGAGUACUUGGGAAUCAUGACCAACACGGGGAAGACGAGGCGGAAGGGGAUGGCCGGGGUGCAGUGGGGCGGCGAUGAGCCCCUGCGCAGGCCAGUCACCCCCAGCGGCCACAGGCACGGAUACCCAGCGCUGGAAGACCAUCCCGUAUCCCCCCAGAUAUCCCAACAUGCCAGAAACCGCUGCCUCCAGUCCCCGCCUACGGCCCACCUUCCAGUCUGCCAGGCCGGCGAGCCUGGAGCUUCGGAGCCUUGUGUUUCGACCUCAUCCUCCAGAGCCGCCAAGCCAGAGGAGUGGCUGCCAGGAGGACAUCAGGGAGAGCCUCGCCUGCCCCCGGCAGGGGCCCCCAGCCACUCGAGGGAGGUGCCCUGGGCCCUGAGCAGCGGAGAAACCACCAGGGAAUUUUCAUCAGCCUUUGCCUACAAGCCCCGGACCCCCUGUACCCCGGAGAUCCUGGACCUGUACCCACCCAAGGCCCAGGCGUCAGCCCUGACCCCUCAGUUCUCCUCACGUGGCCCCCAGCCGGCCAGCCGCCCUGGCUCCACUGCGUCCUCCACUGCGUCCUCCACGUCGUCCACGUCGUCCACGCGGGGCCUGCAGAGCAGCCAGUCUCACAGGAAGUGAGGAUGGUUUCUUCCCAGCUCCCAGUGCCUCUGCAGGACCAGCCAGCUUCCUGCGCUCCGCCGGCCAGCAGCUGCAGGUGACAGUUGUCUAUGAGCCACUGAAGCUUGGGGAACUGGGGGGUGGACAGCUCUCCUGACGGCCCAAAAGCAAGCCUCCCACAGCCCCGUGACCCAGGCUCCUUUCUGCUCCUGGCUCAGCCGGACAAGGAGGGCUGGGGAGGUCCUGUCGCUGUCCUUCCCGGGUCGUCCUGCACACACAGAGGAGAGGGCUUUGCAGGCACAUUGCCGGGGAGACAGCGCAAGUCAGAUCAGCGAGCAGGUCCAUCUCAGAGCUUGUGUGGAGGCGCCCGGGACUCCACUGGAGCCAGGCCGUGGCCUCUGCAGAAACUGGCUCACCUCACCCGGACCAACUACAAUGAGGCAGCAGUGAUUUAGACUCAGAGAAACUCAUUCUCAAGCCAUAUGCCUGACAGCAGACUUGAUAGUCUCCUCCUCUCUUAGAAUCUGGUAAGAAUAGGUUUGUUCCCACCCAUGACUGGGAAUGUAGCUGAUCCAGAGCAGCCCUGCACUCUGCACACAUCGUCCCAAGGCUCCGAGGGUGGCCAGUCGGCCUGUCUCCUUACCUCCAAGACCAGAACCACAAACAGUUCCACCAGCAAAGUGACAGGUGCCCGUUGGGAGGCCUGUGACAUCAGGGCCCAUGUCUUAGGACAGGAAGGAAACUCCCCUGCAAAGCCAGCAAGGCCUGGGUAUGGGAAAUGAUACCCAAGCUAACAGCAGCUUCUGACCUCUCCUAAAAUAGAAAUAUUAAAAUAAAUUUGCCAGUAUUGAGAUGGGGUGUGUGUGUGUGUGUGUGUGAAUACAGUCACAUGUUCCCCCCAGGCUCUCCAUCCGCCCUGCAGUGGGGGCAUUGUUGUCUCACUGGACAUGAGUAAAGGAAAAGCACUGCACUUUUUCAGUGGCCUUCUGACCCCUCAGGGGAGCAGGCGAGAGGCCAGGUGACCCAUGAACUUGUCAGCGGUCGGAACCCUGGGUUAAUCUCAUGAGUUCUUGGCAGUGGCACCGGCUGGGCAUGACAGAACCUCGCGACCACAUCUCGAGUCUCUGGCGAUGUGUGAGCCCCUCUUCUUCCCGGGGCAGGAGCCGUGGAGAACACGCCUGCCUUCUGCGAAUGCCACCCUCCAGGCGUUCUCUGGAUUCCUGGCCUGACCUGAGGGGGAGAAAAAGAAAACACCAAUGCUUAUCUCCAGUGUUGCUGAUACAGGCAGACAGGAAGAGCCAGACUGAGUCCUGGAAGUGAAUCACGGUGCUGGACCGAUGCACGCAAUGGAAAACAUCUUCCCUGUUCUCCCAGUAAAUCUCCACUCAGAUUCCUGGGAUGCCACCGACUGGCACGGCCUUCCCCUGCCUGCGGUGGGAGCUGCCGACUCCGCCACCCGAGUGGAGUCAUCCUUCCCGCCCAGUGUCUCCCUGGCGUGAAGGCCGUUUCUCCCUCCCGCCUUCGGAUGAGCUAAAGUCUGAUUUGUAAAUGUCUGGCCAUUUCGAGAAAAGAAUCUAUUGUCUUUUAGAGAUGAGGGGAGUCUCUUACUCAGGUCAAGCUACACUGAGCUCAUCCGGUGUGGCUGGCUGGUUCUUCUGGGAAAGUAAAUAGUGCCCAGCCGCUGAGACACACACCUCCCGACGAGGCUCACAGCCAGGGGAGACUUUGUAAAAUAUCAGCAACGUACCCGUUGGCAUUCCGGCGGCUGCUGGCCUCACAGCGCUUGCUGGGACUGGAUUCGAGCAGAUCUAGGGGGACGGGGCCAUCAAAGGCAGGUUUCCUGCUAUUCCAAAGUAGAGCUUUCUGUGAAACCUUUUGAAAGCCAACGUGAAGAAACAAUUACCGUUAAUUAUAUGGAAAAGCUUUGGAGCGUUCUCAGACCCAAAAUUCAACACCCACAUGAAGUCCUUAUCUCAUUCACCACGACCAAAACACUUAAUUGCAUCCAGUUUUACACCAAGGGUAAAUUCUCCUCAGUUUGGUUUGUCGGGCGCCUUGGGACUGUGCUUGCUAACAGAUGCACAGAAUAAGCCGCGGUAAAGCCCAGGUGCUGGCCGGCCAGAGGUCAGAGCCGUGGCAGCCGGAUGCUGAGAUGCUGAGUGUGGUUCCCCGGGAAGAGCCUAUUGGGGCCUCUCUGCUGCUGGAGUGCAGCUGCCCCUAUGACUCCUGCCAGACAGUGAACCCUGUUUUCCCUGCUCUCAUUUUUUUUCUUUUCUUUUUAACAGUGAAAAUCCUCUUUGGAUUUCUAUUAGUGAAAACAGGUACAGGCAAAGGACUUCCUUAAAAUCGGACUUUGGAAAAGCUGGGGGUGCCUGCACAGGAAUAAACCAAAGGCUUCCCAGGUCAUCUGGAGACCUUAUCUGGCUCCCAGGAUCGGCCCCUGAAAGCCCCCGGGAGGAGUCUGUGGGGCUUUUGGGAAAUGGUGGGCCUGCUGGAAGGCCGGCUACUGGCCCCUCAUUUCUCCUGAGCAGGCAUUGAUCUCAUUUACUUCAUUCAGAGCAGCCAGAAAUGCCUGGAAAGAGCUUCUAUUACAAUCCUGGGUGAGACUAUAACAGAUAGAGGUUUGAGAUCCAGUCAGAUACCAGGGGUCACUCAGCAAAUUGGAAGGAUUUAGUCCAAAUCAAACUAGCUA